UGUGCUUUGAGAUUUCUUGAGCAGAACAUGGAAAACAUUCGCCUUAAUUUCUGAUAAAUACCUGAUCUGGACUAUUCCGAAGGACCUAAUUAAAAUCAUGGUCGUGAAUUCAGUUCAUUGGUUUCGGAAGGGUUUGAGGCUUCACGAUAAUCCAUCUUUACAGGAAGCUUUGAAUGGUGCGGAUACUGUGAGAUGUGUUUAUAUUUUGGAUCCGUGGUUCGCUGGGUCAGCCAAUGUUGGAGUCAACAAAUGGAGAUUUCUGCUGGAAUCCCUGGAGGACCUUGACGCAAGUCUCAGAAAAUUGAAUUCCAGGCUUUUUGUUGUGCGCGGUCAACCGGCAGAUGUGUUUCCACGACUGUUUAAGGAGUGGAAUGUCACCCGUCUGACCUUUGAGUAUGACUCUGAGCCGUACGGGAAGGAGCGGGAUGCAGCCAUCAUUAAGAUGGCACAGGAAUUCGGAGUGGAGGUGCGGGUGAAGAACUCACACACGCUCUACAACCUGGACAGAAUAAUAGAACUGAACAACAGCAGCCCCCCACUCACCUUCAAGAGAUUCCAGGCCAUUAUCAGCCGCCUGGGUCUGCCCAAGAGGCCCCUGGCAACCGUCACCAAGCAGCAGAUGGACAGCUGUCGCGCUGACAUCUCGGACAACCACAACGAGCGCUACGGCGUGCCCUCCCUCGAAGAGCUGGGGUUUGAGACGCAUGGACUGAGCCCAGCCGUGUGGAAGGGAGGCGAGACGGAGGCUCUGGAACGUCUGAACAAGCACCUGGACCGAAAGGCAUGGGUGGCGAAUUUUGAAAGGCUUCGGAUUAAUAUCUGUUCCCUGAUGGCCAGCCCCACUGGUCUGAGUCCCUACUUACGGUUUGGCUGCUUAUCAUGUCGAUUGUUUUACUACAACCUGCGAGAGCUGUACAUGAAGGUUCGGAAGCACAGCAGCCCCCCGCUGUCCCUCUUCGGCCAGCUGCUGUGGAGGGAGUUCUUCUACACGGCUGCCACCAACAACCCAAACUUUGACCGCAUGGAGGGCAACCCCAUCUGCGUGCAGAUCCCCUGGGACCGCAACCCCGAGGCGCUGGCCAAGUGGGCCGAGGCCAAGACCGGCUUCCCCUGGAUCGACGCCAUCAUGACCCAGCUGCGGCAGGAGGGGUGGAUCCACCAUCUGGCGCGACACGCCGUGGCCUGCUUCCUGACACGUGGCGACCUGUGGCUCAGCUGGGAGAGUGGCAUGCGGGUGUUUGAGGAGCUGCUGCUGGACGCAGACUACAGCGUGAACGCGGGCAGCUGGAUGUGGCUCUCCUGCAGCGCCUUCUUCCAGCAGUUCUUUCACUGCUACUGCCCUGUGGGCUUUGGCCGCAGGACCGACCCCAGUGGGGAUUACAUCAGGAGGUACUUACCAAAGCUGAAGGACUAUCCAAACCGCUACAUUUACGAGCCGUGGAAUGCACCGGAGCCAGUGCAGAAGGCAGCCAACUGCGUGGUGGGCGUGGACUACCCCAAGCCCAUGAUCAACCAUGCUGAGGGCAGCCGUCUCAACAUCGAGAGGAUGAAGCAGAUCUACCAGCAGCUCUCGCACUACAAGGGCCUCAGCCUGCUGGCCUCUGUUCCAAGUAUUCAAGAGGAGGUGGAGCCACCUAUUACAGACAACUCCAAUCCCCAAAGUAGUACCAGUGUUUUGAGCACCACCCGACAGAGCGAGCAGCCCACCAUGAAGAAGAGAGCGAGGCCGUCUGAGCUGCAGAGGGAUGACAAAUGCACACAGCCCAAAGUUCCGCGUGCCAGCAUGGCAGAGGAGAAACCAGGAGACAAACAGUAACAGACCAUAACUGCUGCUCCUGACGUGUGACGACCCUGCUGUUUGCCGUGCUUCCUCCGUCCCUGCGCAUGUUAGGAUGGGAACCUUAUACACUAUGUAUAAGUACACCUCUUCAGUCUAAAGCAAGCUCCUCUGUCUGAAAACAAAGCAAAACAAAUAUAAAGAUUAGCAGCAUAAAAGCAUUGCAGACAGUUUUGGCAACCACAGGCAUAUGAGAUCACACUAUUUGUAGUGUUUCUGAAAGCUUUUCCUGGGCUGGAAUUUAUUCUCUAAUUGUUUGAUUUUAUUUAUUUUUUUUUCACCCAAGCAUUUAUGAAGAUGACAAGCCUAAAACUCAUUUCUUACUUCAUUUUGCUUUCUCAUUUUAGAAGACAUUGAGCCUGUUUUGAUCACAGGUCUCAGUAGGUUUCCACUAAGCUAUCGAGGUGCAGGGAGCAUCAAACAAAUAAGCUGUGAGGUAUAGCACUGAUCACAGUAAUCACAUCGUCUCUGAGAAAUUAAGUGCUACAAGCUUUUUGAAUGUGAAUGGUCUAGAUCAUCUAUAGUCAGAUACAACAUUACACAGUUACAACUUACGUAAGGCAAUACGUCCUCAUCGUGGAGGGGGGGAAGUGUGGUCACAUCCAUUCAAUUGGUUAUUUAUAUUCAUUCCCUAUAUGUACUGGUUUUACACACCCAGUAGCCUUAGAUACUAUAAAACAAAAAACAAACUCAUAGCCAGCCAUCAUGGCCACUUUACACUGAAGUGGCAGAUCAUUGGAUGACACUCAAUUUA